AUGUGGCAACAACUGCUGUGCGUAGUUGUCGUUUCUCUCAGUGUAGCGCAUGGACAAUGUGAAGAAAUGGUAAAGGGCUCUGUGGUUGGAAAUAUAGUGCAAGAUUUGGGUUUGGAUUUACAGAGACUGAAGUCGGGGAAAGCGCGUAUCUACUCGGCAGACAACAUGGAAUACAUUGAACUGAACAAAGAGAGGGGUUUGCUUCUGAUCAAAGAGAAAAUAGAUCGUGAGGUGCUUUGCGCAAAAACGACCCCAUGUGCAUUGCAUCUUCAAAUGAUUUUGGAAGAUCCAAUGGAACUCUACACAAUAACGGCUGAGAUCACAGACGUAAACGAUAAUGCGCCUAGCUUCAAGAGGGACGAAAUGAAGUUUGCAAUAAGCGAAUCUGCUGUGGUCGGGGCUAAAUUUAUGCUGGAGAAAGCUUACGAUCCGGACGUUGGAAUAAAUGGCCUACAGAGCUACUUUCUUACACCUACAGAUUAUUUCGCUUUAAAAUUACACAGUCAAGCUGAUGGUAGUAAAAACGUGGAAAUGGUAUUGCAAAAAAACCUUGAUCGAGAAAAACGAGAGAGCAUGUCGCUGUUGUUAACAGCUUUCGAUGGCGGUGAACCACAGAUGUCGGGCACGGUUCAGAUACAUAUAUCUGUACUAGACGCUAAUGACAACGCUCCUGUCUUUACUCAGAAAACAUACAAAGCCACUUUGACAGAAAACGCACAAAAGGGGUCCAAAAUUAUCACUGUCAGUGCCUCUGAUGCCGAUGAAGGCCCUUAUGGUAAGAUAACAUAUUACAUUUCAAACAUAAUGGAGGGUUUAACUGACGCAUUUACAAUAGAUGAAGUAAGUGGAGACGUCACACUAAACAGUGAGCUUGACUACGAAAUGAUUAGCAAUUAUCAAAUUGAUAUUGAAGCAAAAGAUCAAGGAGGUCUCUCUGAUUCAUGCAGGCUGGUUAUCGAUGUGUUAGAUAUAAAUGAUAACAGACCCAGUAUCAGUGUAAUUUCUAUGUCAAGUUCUAUAUCAGAGGAGUCUGAAAUAGACAAGGUUAUCGCAAUGAUUAAUGUAAAUGAUCCUGAUUCAGGUGAAAAUGGAAAAGUGGAUUGUGCAGUUAUGGACAAUAUUCCGUUUGUUAUAUCAUCCUCAUCAAGUAGACUUAAUUUCUUUAGUCUGAAAACCCAACAGCAGCUAGACAGGGAGAAAAAGGCGGAGUAUAAUAUCACUAUAAAGUGCACAGAUGAGGGUGUGCCCCCGCUUUCAAGCAACAUAUCCGUACAAUUACAUAUAUCAGAUGUGAACGAUAAUGCGCCAGUCUUUGAGAAAAACUGCUAUGAGGCCUAUAUCGUCGAGAACAAUGCACUGGGUCAUUCUAUUUUUACCGUGAAGGCAAGCGACUCUGAUUGGAAGCAGAAUGCCCGUGUUUCAUACAUCUUGGAGGAUAUUACUGUUAAUGGCGUGUCAGUCUCAUCGUACGUGUCGCUUAAUGCCGACAGUGGAGUUAUAAGUGCAUUGCGUUCUUUUGACUACGAACAAUUAAAAGACUUCCAUUUUCGUGUAAAGGCACAGGAUGGUGGCUCUCCACCACUCAGUAGCAAUGUUACAGUGAAAAUUAUUAUCCAGGACCAGAACGACAAUGCACCUCAGAUUCUUUACCCAGUACAAACUGGAGGCACUGUGGUAGCUGAAAUGGUGCCUCGUUCAGCAGAUGUUGGCUACCUUGUCACUAAAGUUGUGGCUGUUGAUGUGGACUCUGGACAGAAUGCCUGGCUCUCCUAUAAACUACAGAAAGCCACAGACAGGGCUCUGUUUGAAGUUGGAGCACAGAAUGGAGAAAUCAGAACAGUGCGUCAGGUCACUGAUAAAGAUGCUGUGAAACACAGACUCACUGUUGUGGUGGAAGAUAAUGGACAACCCUCUCGUUCAGCUACAGUCAUUGUCAAUGUUGCUGUGGCUGACAGUUUCCCUGAGGUCAUCUCAGAGUUCACCAACUUUAACCAUGACACAACAUACAGUGACAAUCUGACUUUUUAUUUAAUUAUGGCUCUGGUUGUGGUUUCAGUACUCUUCAUUUUCUCACUAAUUGCCAUCAUUUCAGUCAAAAUCUGCAGAUGGAGGCAGGAAAGACAGUUUUACAAAUCUGCCACAAAUCUUCCAGUUAUUCCAUAUUACCCACCUGUCUACGCUGAUGGUACUUUACAGCGCGUGUAUAAUUAUGAGAUGUGUGGAACAACUGAUUCCAGGAUGAGUGACCUCAAGUUUGUCAGACCUUACAGCCAGAAUACACUGCUGAAUGUGAGUCGUGCUGGAACUAUGCAGAGUGUAAAGAAAGAACAGGAGGAUGACGAACUCUCGUUAGAGGUGAGCUUUUUUUAUGACGUCCUUUCAUUGUGA